ACAAAAAAAAAAUGUCUCGAACCCUGUUGCAUUUUGGGACACUUGAUUGACACGGCAGCCAUUUUACCCGCUGGACGCUCCCUCCCAUUGUGGAAACGGAGAAGGAAAUAGUCAAGCUAAACCUUUCUCACCACUUCUGUUGAGUUUUUCCUCAAGGUGAUCCUGAGUAGCAAUGGCCCGUACCAAGCAGACUGCCCGUAAAUCCACUGGAGGCAAAGCUCCACGUAAGCAGCUGGCCACAAAGGCUGCCCGCAAGAGCGCCCCGUCUACUGGAGGUGUGAAGAAGCCCCAUCGCUACAGGCCCGGUACUGUGGCUCUGCGUGAGAUCCGUCGUUACCAGAAGUCCACUGAGCUUCUGAUCCGCAAGCUGCCCUUCCAGCGCCUGGUGAGAGAAAUCGCCCAGGACUUCAAGACGGAUCUGCGUUUCCAGAGUGCUGCUAUUGGAGCUCUGCAGGAGGCCAGCGAGGCCUACCUGGUGGGUCUGUUUGAGGACACCAACCUGUGUGCCAUCCAUGCCAAGCGUGUCACCAUCAUGCCCAAAGACAUCCAGUUGGCACGUCGCAUCCGCGGGGAGCGUGCUUAAAUACUUUUUGUCUUUGUAGUUUUCACCUCCUCCUUCACCCGUCUGUCCAUCCCUCACCUGUCCCCUGCCUCCUCCUCUCCUGUGUAAUUAGUAUGUAGGGAAAAUUUAUUAUAAAUCAGGUGUAUAGUUGUGUUUUUCUUAGUGCUCUCAGUGGAAUACUUCUAUGGUACCCUUUUUUCUGUGCAUGUACCAACCCUUUGGUGAUGAGCUCUCCUAAUGUACAUAUGUCCUACUUGUCGUUACUCUGAUUCCACACUGUGGUGGAGACCAUUGUAAUAGAUUAAAAAAAAAAACACACACACACACACAAAUUACGCUAGUGCAAACUUAGUAUGGACAGACAAGAGGAUGGAUGUUUAUCUGCUGGGGGGCCUCUUAGUGCUUCUUUCCAGCAUGGUGCUAGAUGAUCCUCUUGUGCUCUCGAUCAUGCACCAGCCUUAGCUCCCAAGUUUGCAGACCGCAGCAUUGUUGGUCUCUCCGGCUGGAUUCUCCGUCCCUGCAUGUUUAUGCACAAGUGCUUGCUUGGACCACUGCAGAUAACUCAAAUUCAACCCAUCAACAUUUCUGGAGACAAGGAUUAGAAUAUUGCUUUUUGCUGAUAUUGUUCAGUCGUGAUUUUUGCUUCAGUUAAAACUGUGUGGAAAUUCCUUUUCACUACAGUGCAAGGCAUGGAGCUGAGGGGAACAAUCUCAUUUCAACACAAGAGAACAAAAACAAGCUGAUUGUUGAUUGUAGAUUGUGGCUUCUAACAUUGACCGUCUUUUAAAAUGUUCUUUUUUUAAAAAAAAAAAGAAAAGAAAGAAAAAUGGACCUCCAGAAUUUUCAGUGACUUUUCUUGAAUUGUUUUAGCCAAAGCUUCAAGUCGCUGAUACUUUCACAUUAACGGCUUUUUGUUUUUAGAUAAACCUUAUUGUGAGAAAGGUUAAUAAGGUUCCAAAAUCCAAAAUAUAUUUCUCAAAACAAUGUGAUGAAAUAUUUUUUAAAUUAGUAUCUCAUGACAGACAAUAAGGAGAAGCGGCAUAGAAAAUGGAUGGAUGACAGACAAUAUUGAUAAUGGUCCCUCUGCCUCUAUUUGCUUUUUGUUUUCCUGCCGGUUGAUCAUCUGUACUUUUUCUCAGGUUGACUCAUCACCCUUAUAAAUUAAUUACGACUAGUUUUUGUUUUUGUAUGUGUGUGGCUUUUUUUUCUUCAAUUUCUUUUCUGGAAACAUUAGUGGUGAUGUUUUAAUGAAACAAUGUUUGUAAUUCCCGGAUUUGUCAUAUAAAGUGGUAAUAAAUGGAUGUUACACACACACACACAAACACA